GUUUACUGGUAUGGUUACAUCGCAUCAUAGAUCGACUUGCUAGGAUUUUCUUCCCUUUUUCAGUUUUUGUACGGUGAUGACUGCGUGAAUUCACUCAUUCUCAUUAAGAUUUUAUAAAUUAAUCAAUUGUGGAACUAAAUAUGUGCCAUAGUUUCACUAAAAGCAUGUAGAAAGGACCAAAUCAUUUAGGAACUCGAGUUGAAGAGACGUUGCUCGACUGCUGUUUUUUACCGUACCGUACGGUACCGUACAGGCUCCCCGAGCCACUGGGGCGAGGUCGGUUUGAGUGAGUGAGCUCCUGACGCUUGCGCUGGUUUCGUGUCUACGUCCGUCUGAUCCCACAAUACUAGAGCACAAUGUCUAUGAGUAUGACCCAAUUUCACCGAAGAGUUCUGGAUAAGGCUGGUCCUGACCUUUUAAAUGAUCUUGAUUGCGAUGAUAUAUUACCAUAUUUGUUGAGUGAUGAAGCUUUAACGAGAAAUGAUGUUGAGAGAAUCGGUGCCAAGGGAAUAAGAAGGGACAAAGUAGCAUCCCUGCUGGACCUCCUACCAAUGAGAGGGGAUGGAGCAUACGUCUCUCUUUCGAACGCCAUUGCAAGAAUAGAAGGAAGCCAACAUCUUUAUGAGGUCUUGAAGAAAUGUGAAGACGUGAUAGCACAACAGCGUCAAGAAGAAAUCGAAAAUGAAAGGCCAGCAAGUCCAGAGGGUAUUGACUCUAUUAGCAUGCCGCCAAGUGAUCCGGAUAUGAUCAGUGCAGUGAGUCAAGAUGUGAAGGUCCACAUAGGGAUCUUACCCUUACGUGGUGCUGAUAUUGGCCGUCAGCCUAGACACCCCAACAAGGUUCUGAAUGAUCCAGAUCUGUUAGAUCUCGCCCAAGAACUCGGGGAACACUGGGAAAUGCUGGCCCUCAACCUUGGCAUGAGCAGAGCUGUCAUCUAUCAGUGCAAAGAGAACAAUAGAUACAACACCCAGCAGCAGAUCUUUGAAAUGCUCUACAAGUGGAAGUGCAGUCAGGGGAAAAAAGCUACUGUGUCUGCCAUGUUGAAGGCAUGUAAGAAAAUCAAACUUCUUGGUGAAGAUGCCUAUGAAUCCCUCUAUGAUCUGUAGUGUAAUGAGUCCAUCAAUCUCUCCCUGAAGACUCUUUGAUAAUGAUUCCGUAAACCUCUUCGUGAUGUGCCUAUGAGGUCCUAUAUAGGUGGUUUCAAACCGCCCUUGAAGCCCUCAAUCACAAGAAUCUCUGAUUACAAGAAAUUUUUUUAAUAUUCUAUUAUUCUCGCAUUCAAACUGCCCUGAAACAUACCCUUUGGGAUAAGUUCUUGAAGUUACUAUCAUGCGCAUUAUGGUCUCAUAAGCAAGCAAGGCGUGAGAUUCAAAAUCGCUAGCUCAGCAGCCUCCCGUUGUGCCCGUGCCCAACUACACGCUUGGCUAGAAGUUCCUGUAAUUUGCUGUCACACUGCCAAA